AUGCAUCUCUCUUACUUGCUUGUGCAAGGCCUGUUGGCCGUUUCUGUCGGAGCAUCUCGCCACCGCAGAGUCCGCCGACAGAAAGGACCAACUGAUCCAGGCAUCCCUUCUGACUGCACCUAUUGGGAGACUGUGGAGGCAGAAGGUCAAGAUUGUACUUACCUUGAGGAUCUCUGGGAAUUGGAACACGCCACGUUUGUUGAAUACAAUCCCAGCGUCAAGGACGACUGCAGUGGUAUCCAACUUGGGCACUCGUACUGUGUUGAGGUCAACAAUGGGUUUCCUCGUGACGAUGAUCCUCCUAAGGUGACAAGUGCCAAGGAUACCAAGCCCGAGCCUACGCAAGAUACCAAGCCCAGUCCUACCCAAGAUGGUCUCAUUGACACUUGCACAUCCUUCUACGAAGCCAAAAAGGGAGAUACUUGCAACAAGAUCAUUGCUCAGUACAAGACUUUUGACUUUGAUGACUUCUUCAAGUGGAACCCGGCAGUCGACAAAGACUGUAGUGGCAUCUGGGCUAACACUUGGUACUGCGUCGGAGUCCCUGGAACGCCUACGAGCCCGCCAACCAAGACAAUUGUGACUACAACCAAGCCAACUGGAACACCCAAGCCUAGUCAAACCCAAGAAGGUCUUAUUGAGAGCUGUACGGCCUUCCAUAUGGCUGAGAAGGGCGACACAUGUGCCAAGAUUGUGUCAAAGUUUGGCACCUUCGACUUCGAUACUUUCUACAAGUGGAACCCAGCAGUUGGCAAGGACUGCAGUGGCAUUUGGGCAAGUUACUACUACUGUGUUGGUGUUCCGGGCACCGCUACCGUCAGGCCCUCCGCUACUACGCCGAAGCCGACGGCGACAGGAGGAAUUGAGACUCCCUCCCCCAUUCAAGAAGGUUUGGUCAAGAACUGCAACAAGUUUCACCAGAUCGCCUCCACCACCACUUGUUCCUCCAUUGAGUCGUACUACAAGCUGCCGCUCGCCCAGUUCCUUGCGUGGAACCCCGCUGUUGGCAAGGACUGCACUUCUCUCUGGAAAGGCUAUUGGGUUUGUAUCAGUGUUGAAGGUUACAAGCCAACCACUACAACAACUGCUAAGUCCACUACUACCAAGCCUGCAAAUGGCAUCACAACACCUUCACCCAUCCAAGACGGCAUGGUCAAGAACUGUGAAAAGUUCCAUCAGAUCAAGUCCACCACUACCUGCACCUCCAUCGAGACCUACUAUAAUCUCCCCCUCUCGACCUUCCUCUCAUGGAACCCCGCUGUCGGUAAGGACUGUACUUCGCUUCUUGUCAACUAUUGGGUCUGCGUUGCAACUGUCGGCUGGAAACCCCCGACGAAGACGACCACGAAGGCUGCCACGACAACCAAGGGGUCUUCCAACGGGAUCAAGACGCCUCCUCCUGUGCAGGCAGGCAUGGUUAGCAACUGCAACAAGUUCCACACUGUGAAAAAGACUACCACUUGUACUUCCAUUCAAGACUACUACAAGAUUUCCUUGACUGACUUCGUGAAAUGGAAUUCUGCUGUUGGCAAAGACUGUAAGGGACUAUGGGCGGACUACAACGUCUGCGUUGGUGUCAUUGGUGGAACGCCGACGAAGCCGGGCAGCGGGGUCGAGACGCCUUCGCCUAUCCAGACUGGACUGGUUAACAACUGCAAGAAGUUUCACCAGGUCCAGUCAACAACAACCUGCGCAUCUAUUCAGAAGUACUACGGUAUUUCCCUUGCGCAGCUGGUGAAGUGGAAUCCGGCGAUUGGUUCUAAAUGCACAGCCCUCUGGGCCAAGUACUGGGUUUGCGUUGGCGUUUAA